AUGCUGACCAGCAGGGGCCAGGGGUCCCUUCGCUUCGGUUUGUGUCUCUGGUUGUGUAUACUGAUACCUUUCUUUAAAGGCUGCGCAGGCUGUGCAUCUGAGGAGAGGCUCUUUCACAAACUGUUUGCUCAUUAUAACCAGUUCAUCAGGCCUGUGGAAAAUGUUUCUGACCCUGUCACGGUGUAUUUUGAAGUGGCCAUCACACAGCUAGCUGACGUGGAUGAAGUAAACCAGAUCAUGGAAACCAAUCUGUGGCUACGUCACAUCUGGAAUGAUUAUAAAUUGCGCUGGGAUCCAAUGGAAUAUGAUGGUAUCGAGACUCUUCGCGUCCCUGCAGAUAAGAUCUGGAAGCCUGACAUUGUUCUCUAUAACAAUGCUGUUGGUGACUUCCAAGUUGAAGGCAAGACAAAAGCUCUUCUCACGUAUGAUGGCAUGAUAACCUGGACUCCGCCAGCCAUUUUUAAGAGUUCCUGUCCUAUGGAUAUCACUUUUUUCCCUUUUGAUCAUCAAAAUUGUUCCCUGAAAUUUGGUUCCUGGACAUAUGACAAAGCUGAAAUUGAUCUUCUAAUCAUUGGAUCUAAAGUGGAUAUGAAUGAUUUUUGGGAAAACAGUGAAUGGGAAAUUGUUGAUGCUUCUGGCUACAAGCAUGACAUAAAGUACAACUGUUGUGAAGAAAUAUACACAGAUAUAACCUAUUCUUUCUAUAUUCGACGAUUGCCAAUGUUUUACACCACUAAUCUGAUCAUCCCUUGUCUCUUUAUUUCCUUUCUAACUGUGUUGGUCUUUUACCUGCCUUCUGACUGUGGUGAAAAAGUGACACUUUGCAUUUCAGUUCUGCUUUCUCUGACUGUGUUUUUGCUCGUAAUCACAGAAACCAUCCCGUCCACGUCUCUCGUGAUCCCACUGGUGGGCGAGUACCUACUGUUCACCAUGAUCUUUGUCACCCUGUCCAUCGUGGUGACUGUAUUUGUGUUGAACAUACACUAUCGCACCCCGACAACACACACCAUGCCCAAAUGGGUGAAGACGGUUUUCCUCCGGCUCUUACCCCAGAUCCUGAUGAUGGGGAGGCCUCUGGACAAGACGAGGGAGGCAAGUUCUGAGAAAAAGCGCAAAGGCCUUCCCAGUAGGCCUGCCAAAGUCAAGUUGGAUCAUUGCAGACAGCCCAAACGUCUGAAAGAAUCCUGCCACUGCCAUAGAUCAGGUGAGCUUGCCACCAGGAGAAGGUUAAGUCAUCAGCCUUUACAGUGGACGACCGGAAGUUCAGAGCACUCGCCUGAGGUCGAAGACGUGAUUGACAGUGUUCGAUUCAUAGCAGAAAACAUGAAGAACCAAAAUGAAGCGAAGGAGGUGGAAGACGACUGGAAAUACGUGGCCAUGGUGGUGGACAGAGUAUUUCUUUGGCUAUUUAUCAUUGUCUGUGUGUUUGGAACUGCAGGGCUGUUUCUACAGCCACUACUGGGGAGCACAGGAAAAUCUUAAGACUGUAUUUUCCUCUUAUCUUCAGAAAGUAGAGAUGCUUUAUUUGUUCUCUGUUCCUACCACAAGGGAAGGGGCAUAAAGCUUUCCCGUAGAUGACUAGAUGAAAAAAGAGGACAUUAUUGCAAAUUAGGAGUCCAAAUGCCCUCUUAUGUAGCAGAGAGGGGCACUUGAAGACGCGUUAACACUGGCGCCCAGAGCUGGCAGCACUCACAGGCUUCUCUUGUCUGUACAUGAUGGGAAAGACCCACCAUAGAGCAAAUCCUGUACGGCAUCAACCCAUGCUAGAAGGACGUUCUGUCGUACCUCCAGUUCAUGCUGCUUGUCAGCACAAUGACACACGCCAGACGUGAAACUCUGGAGCCUGGACCUCGCUGACAUUUGCGACACUUGUGAACUAGUAUUACGUGCUUGCUUUCUCGUGCAUGUCUCUGUGAUGUAGCUCACACACUUCUGCAUUAUUUGAUACGUUAAUAGGCAAAAAGCGGGUGGUCUGAGUCUAUCUCAGCGGGCUGUGUUUAAUUAGCAUUCAUAUCGCAUGAAACUUGAGUGGGAACCCAGCACGAUGCUAGGCAUCGCAAGUGUAACAGAAAUAGGUUCUUGUCCCCAAGCACUUGCGGCUUUUUAGGAAAUGUCAUAAACACAAAGAUCUCCAAGAUUAGGUGUCAUGUGGGGAACAUAAUUAGAGCAAUCAAAAUAGUGGAAUGACGUGGUAGGGCCGGGCAACCGGAAGAACCUUUGUUAUGGGUCAAAAAGGUAUCUUUUCUAUAACACUUUCUAUUUGUUCAUUGUAGCUGAGACUGAAAAUAAAAUUAUUUCUUGGGGCCGGCCCCGUGGCUGAGUGGU